CGUGCAAGGAGGAGACUGACUGGACAGAGAACUUUCUGGGGCCCGGGGUCCACACACCAAGUGGCUGUUCCCAUGGGCACACGGCCGGACGCCUCCGGCUGCCUCCAGUAAGGCACGGGAGAGGGUCCUCACAGCCAGAGGGGGUCCUCUGGGUGACUGGGGGGAGCAUCCAGGCCUUGGAGCAGCCGCAGCCAAGCGUGUCCUUGGAGCCAUCCAUCCAUCCGCCGGCCGGCCUGUCGUGACUGGAGACCGUGGCCUGAUGGACGCUUGCUGUGGAUGAUGAGGGAAGAACGCACCUCCCACGCCCGAGAGGUGACCCCGGAGCAAACCCCGGAUGACCCCGCGAGCCGGAACCAUGCGGCUGGCCUGCAUGUUCUCAUCCAUCCUGCUGUUCGGAGCCGCAGGCCUCCUCCUCUUCAUCAGCCUGCAGGACCCCACGGAGCUCGCCCCUCGGCAGCUGCCAGGAAUAAAGUUCAGCAUCAGGCCACAGCAGUCCUACAACGACCUCCCACCAGGCAGUUCCCAGGAUGGUGACUUGAAGGCACCUACGGAAAAGGUCCCCGGAGACUUGUCCCGCCGGGCCCCCAGGGGCUUCAACCUACUGGUACUUGACCAGCCUCAAGGCCACCUAAACGCGGGGGCCCGGCCCCGGCAGCGCCGCCGCCGGCUGCUUAUCAAGAAAAUGCCAGCAGCGGCAGCCAUCCCGGCCAACGGCUCUGCCCGUGCCUUCGCGCGGCCGGCACCCUGGGCCCCGGACGGCCACUGGGUCACCCUGCACCACCGCCAGCAGGAGCGCAAGCGGGUGAUGAGGGAGGCGUGUGCCAAGUACCGGGCCAGCAGCAGCCGCAGGGCCGUCACCCCCCGCCACGUGUCCCGCAUCUUCGUGGAGGACCGCCACCGCGUGCUGUACUGCGAGGUGCCCAAGGCGGGCUGCUCCAACUGGAAGCGGGUGCUCAUGGUGCUGGCGGGGCUGGCCUCCUCCACCGCCGACAUCCAGCACAACACCGUGCACUACGGCAGCUCCCUAAAGCGGCUGGACACCUUCGACCGCCAGGGCAUCCUUCACCGCCUCAGCACCUACACCAAGAUGCUCUUCGUCCGCGAGCCCUUCGAGAGGCUGGUCUCCGCCUUCCGCGACAAGUUCGAGCAUCCCAAUAGCUACUACCACCCCGUGUUCGGCAAGGCCAUCCUGGCCCGCUACCGGGCCAACGCCUCCCGGGAGGCCCUGCGGACGGGCUCCGGCGUGCGCUUCCCCGAGUUCGUCCAGUACCUGCUGGACGUGCACCGGCCCGUGGGCAUGGACAUCCACUGGGACCACGUCAGCCGGCUCUGCAGCCCCUGCCUCAUCGACUAUGACUUCGUGGGCAAGUUCGAGAGCAUGGAGGACGAUGCCAACUUCUUCCUGAGCCUCAUCCGGGCGCCUCGGAACCUGACCUUCCCCCGGUUCAAAGACCGGCACUCGCAGGAAGCCCGGACCACGGCGCAGAUCGCCCACCAGUACUUCACCCAGCUCUCCGCCCUGCAGCGGCAGCGCACCUACGACUUCUACUACAUGGACUACCUGAUGUUCAACUACUCCAAGCCCUUUGCGGACCUGUACUGACGGGCGGGGCCGGCUGGCCACGGGCAGCCCAGUCCCACGAGCGCGCGCGCACCUGUCCGCAGGGGCAUCCCGCGCUCCCGGACGGGAGGAGCCGUGACUGCUCGGUGCCGCUGGCCCAACGUGGGGGACAGAGGCCCGGGCUUUGGAUGGGGGCCUCUGGCCCUUGUCCCGUCCCCACUUCCUCACUCCCCAGCUGAGGAAGAUGCCGGGGGUUGAGCAGGACCCCAGGAGUCCCAGCUGCGGACACCCAGCUGAGCUAAGAGUCAAGAUGACCAGGGAAUUCGGAGGCCCGGAAGACGAGGGCCCCAGCGGUGAGGGACUUCCUGCGGUCCUGUCACCAUUGCCUUGUACCAAACCACAUGGUUUGCAGCUUUUCUAUGACCCAGGGGGGGAGGUUCCCUCAGAAGGAGGUUCCAAAUAAAGCACAUGGUUU